GCAUUCUCUGGAGAAGGUCAGGACUGGGUGGCCCUUGAAGGCCUGGAAUUAUAAAAAGAGAUUUGUGUCAGGGGUUUGAACAUGCAGGCAAAAUGAGGGUCCUUUUGCUCUUGGGAUUGGUGGCUGUUGCUCUCUGUGAGCCGAUCAGAUUUGUGGGAGACAAGGUCCUCCGUCUGACACCUGGAUCCGAGGAAGAUGUGACAAUAAUCAGGGAAAUAGGCCACAAAAUUAAGGUGGACUUCUGGAAGCCUGAUAGUCCUGACCUUGUGACCAUUGGCAUGAAUGUUGACAUUCACGUUCCUGCAGCCCAGCUUGACAUGGUCUUCACCAUUUUACAGCAAAGUGGCAUGGAAGUUAAGGUCAUGUUUGAAAAUCUUCAGGAGGCUGUGGAGACUCAGAUGGACAACAAGAUGGCAACAAAGGCCCAUGACUAUACAAAGUACAACAACUGGGCAACGAUUAAUGAUUGGGUAAUCUCCAUCAGCUCUGCCAAUGCUGACCUGAUCAGCAGGCAGGUGAUAGGGAACACUUAUGAGGGACGUCCCAUGCACCUCCUGCAGAUUGGAAAGAAGACAGGCUCUGCUAAGCCAGCCAUCUUCAUGGACUGUGGCUUUCAUGCCAGAGAAUGGAUUACUCACGCUUUCUGUCAGUGGUUCAUAAAGGAGGUACAUACAUCCUAUGGCAGUGACCCUGAGAUGACCAACCUUCUGGAUAGAAUGGACUUCUUUGUUUUGCCUGUCUUCAACAUUGAUGGCUAUGAAUACACCUGGACUAAAGACAGGAUGUGGAGAAAGACCCGAUCCAGGAACAGUGGUAGCAGCUGUAUCGGUACUGACCCCAACAGAAACUUUGAUGCUGGAUGGUGCACCACUGGAGCUUCCAGCAACCCUUGCAGUGAAACCUACUGUGGAAGCAGCAUAGAAUCUGAGAUUGAGUCCAAGAAUUUGGCCAACUUCAUCCGCUCCAACAAGUCCAUCAUCAAGUCUUACCUGACUAUCCACUCAUAUUCCCAGAUGCUCCUUUUCCCCUAUUCCUACAAAUAUGAUCUGGCUGCUCAUCACUCAGAGCUGCUGAGUGUGUCUCAGGGAGCUAUUGCAGCUCUGCGCUCCCUGUAUGGAACCAGAUACACUAGCGGCCCUGGUGCUGUGACCAUCUGUGAGUAUAAAGAGUCCAAGAAAAGCUCUGUGAAAUACUCCUACACCUUCGAGCUGCGUGACGAAGGUCGUUAUGGAUUCCUGCUGCCUGAGUCUCAGAUCAAGCCCACUUGUGAGGAGACCAUGCUAGCUGUCAAAUACAUUGCUAACCACGUACUCAACAACCCGUACUGAGAGUGAACUGUCUAAAAAAAGCUUGACUGUGGCUGUGCAUUCUGUGACAUCAAUCUCAAAAUGCCAUGAUCAAUAAAGCAAUAGAAUACAGAA